GGUACCAGUCACGUAAACAAAAAACACAGUUGUGUAUGCAUCCAAAUUGGUCAUUGAGAUUCAUACUUCGUCAGCGUAACUGAUUGGCGUAAUGGAGGUCGAUGGUACUACUGACAAGUUGUACCAAAUUCCAUACUCGUUCAUGGCUCGUUCCAUGUUUGUUCUUACUGCUCUGAACCACAGAUUAGCUGAAUUUGCUAAACGCAUGAUUUUUUGCAAAUUUUUCUCAAAUGACUAAACCAAUUAUCGCGAAUAUCCAUACUUAUAUGAAGUCAAAGAUGGACAGGAAACGCAAGAAAAUUAAGAAACCACACCAAAAUCCUCCUGAACUUGACUUCGUAUCUCCCAAAUUAUGGAAAGCGUUCGACCAAUUUCUCAAAGUUUAUAAAAACGUGGCGAUAUUGCCGUUUAAAUUUCGUCUCGUAGAAAGAAAAGUAUCCCGGAUUCCAAUUUCUAAAGGGAAGCAUUUCGUCCAAAAGCUUGGUCCCAUCUUCCUGGUCACACACACCUUGAUCUGCGUAGUUAUCCUCAUCCAAAACGUGUUCAGGAUUCCAGAGGAGGAUGAAUAUUCACGCGAAAACGAAAUAUUCCGCAUUGCCGAACGGUUUUGCUUGUUUUAUUUCAUCACAAUAAUUUCCGCCUUUACACAGUUCAAUUACUUCGUGGCGUGGAGACCCCUUUGUCUUUGCAACAUUAUGAACUCAAUUUCACCAUUGCACAACAGAAUAAAAGCACUCGGUCAAAUCAACUACAAACAAACCUCGAAUAAACUGUUGGAACUGGUCGUGUCAACUUUCGUCAAAUACAUUCUCUUCAUCCUCCCCGUCAUAGUGCCAGGCUUUAUGUGGCUUCACCUCGACCCAAUGCGCACCCCGUUACAAAUUUUGAUAAACUCUGAAAAUUUCAUUCCCAAUUUUUUCUCCAUUUUCCUUCGAGCCACAGUUUUGACGCUAUUGUGGACAGAACUUUUAAAAGUGGUUUCAGGUAUUUUCACCUUGGCUUUAAUCGUGAUGGACGGAUUCACAUCCGGGAUGAGACAAUUGCGUCAAGUUCAACGGAUCAGAGGUACUUCACCAAUGAGAAUAAUGCGAUUGUACUCACAGCUGCAGCUUUCGAAUCAGUAUCUCAAUCAAACUUUGUGCUAUUAUACAAUCCCGCCAUUAAUAUUUUUCGGGGUUGGACUCGUGACUCUGACAAAUUACGGGACCGUUCGCCUCCACGAUGUGCUUCCCCUGUCACUUUAUUUCAUCCUCCCGUUAACCAGCUUUCUUGGGGGAGUCUUUGUCGUGGUAGUGUUGCCACUAGCGAGCAAAGUUUAUGAAACGGCGUCUGAUUUUAUAUCGUUUUUGAGAGGACGGUGCAUCUCGCGGUAUGAGAGGAGAUUGUUUUAUUCCAUUAAAGUAAUUGGGAUACAGUCUGGACCAUUCCAUAUGUUGGAUAAGCCAAGCGUGGUGACCAUAAGCAAAAGUGUGGUGGAUUAUACGAUUCAUUUGUUGUUAACGUUUUAAGAAAUUUUGGUGCAAUUUUUUGGUGAAAUUUCUUUUUAUAUAAAUUUUACGAAUGUAAAAAUUAUUAGUACUUUCUGUGUAUGCAUUCACAUAUGAAAAAAAUGUAUGACACAAAGUUUAUCGCAGGUACAUGUUAUAUAAAU